AACGCCCUGCAACUGUCGCACUUUCCACAAUACAUCUACUGUACUGAUGAAAAUAGAGAACUUCUGUACUACCUAUUCAUACAAUGGAUUAUAAACACGAUUAAUAUGUUGUUAUUAUGUCUGUAUAAAACUUUACUUUGAACUGACAGCUGCCGGGGUUCAGUGUUGAUGACCAGGAUGGACUUCAGCAGGAGUGUUCUGGUGACUGGAGGCUCUGGAUUCAUAGGCUCCCAUCUUGUGUGUUCACUGGUCUACAGACACCCUGACUGGAGGAUUAUUAACCUGGAUAAUUCUGAUCUCUUCCAGCUGGAUUACUGCUGCAGCCCCAGGAGCCUGGAGAGUGUUGAAGACAGAGCAAACUACAGCUUUAUCAGGGGGGAUGUGUGUAACUCACGGCUGGUAAAUCACAUUUUCAACACAGAAAACAUUGAUGUGAUCUUUCACCUGGCGGCCAAAACACAUGUCGAGUCGUCAUUUGAAACUCCGUCUAGUUUCCAGCAUGUUAACAUUGAAGGAACAAGAGUUUUACUGGGAGCCGCCCAUCAGGCCCGACACCCGCCACAACGCUUCAUCUACGUCAGCACAGAUGAAGUGUACGGAGCCAGUCUCGACGAGGUGUUUGAUGAGAGCAGUCCAGUGAGACCCUCCAACCCAUAUUCUGCCACCAAAGCAGCUGCAGAGUACCUGGUCAGAUCCUACUGGGACAAAUAUAAGUUUCCCAUCAUCAUUACCAGGAGCAACAACAUCUACGGGCCCAGGCAGUACACUGAGAAGGUCAUUCCAAGGUUUCUCACCCUCUUGCAAAUGAACAAGAAAUGCACCGUCCAGGGAACCCUCCCCAUAUCCCGCCAUUUCCUGUUCGUCGACGACGCCGUCAACGCCUUCCUGCUGGUUCUGGAGAAAGGGACUGUGGGAGAAAUCUACAACGUGGGAACGAGCUGUGAGAUUCCCAUUGUGCAACUGGCCAGGGAACUUGUUAAAAUGGUCAAGAACGUGCCUGACUCCGAGGUAAAGGAUUGGCUUGAGUUUGUGCCUGACAGGCCGUGUGUCGACCUGCGCUACCCCAUCACAUGUGAGAAGCUGCAGCAGCUGGGCUGGAGAGCAGCCGUGUCCUGGGCUGAAGGCAUAAGGCAGACCGUCAAAUGGUACAAAGACAACCCAGACUUCUGGUCUGGCGCAAGCGAGGACCAAGGACAAAUCAGAGGCCAACUUGAAAAAGCUACCAACAAAUAACUCAGCUGUGGCUUGCUGCUCGACUGACGGGAGUGAUCUAAGAUACAGAGCAGUGACGUUUUUCUACAAAUAACUGAUAUUUGUGUAACACAGAGGCUAUUAUGGCUGAUCUACAGUGCAAACACCAGUCUCACUGUUCAGAAGAGUUCUAUCUGCGUUGUGCCUCUCACUCUAAAUGAUCGUUGGACCAAUGACGAGGCAGCAGGAAGGCCGAGCCUCCCUUCAACCAAAACAAAGUUUCACCAGAGAAUGAAUGCACUUUAUCUUGAUAUUAAUUACUGAUUCAUCUGAUGUUCACAAGUUGAUCAGGACCUCUACAGGGUAUGUUUCAGGCUGUAUGUGAAAUUAGAGUUGUGACUGAUCAUUCCCAUGUUGUGUUUCCUUCAAUGACCAAAUAUUCUGGUGGUCAGCUCAAAACAGUGAAGACCCAUGGAUUACAUUUACAGGCACCGACUCAAUUAACGAGGUUACUACUGUUAGUUAAGUGCUUGUAAACGCACCACUGAACUCAUCAGAUUAUGAAGAAGCCUUGUGAAACAUUCAGUGAGUUUUAGAAACUUUAAAUAAAAUGUUAAACCUUUUACAGUCCAAGUCCAGCAUUUUGAUACUUUGAUUUAUUUUUAGAGCAGUAGCCUUAUAAUAAAAGGGAUGAGAAGGGAACUGCAGCCAACUCAAAGCACUGAUCUCGGUCUGGUGUGUUUUUAUACAUAGUAAAAGAUAUAUUUUUCAUAUAAGUCUCUAGAAUGUAUUUAACAUCUAAUAAACUAUUUAAUAACUUCAA